AUGGGUAUUGAAGGUGAAGACCGAGAGCUCGAGGGACCUCCCAGCAGGAUGGGUUGGUUCACGGAAGCUCGAGGGUUGCAAGACCGAUCGGGAGGCUGCUGA